UGUCUUCGUUCAACAUUUAAUCUAAUCCCUACCACUAUCAGGCCUCCGUCUCCGGCGUCGCUAUCUUCCAUACUGAAUUUCUUAAACCACUUUUAUUUUCAGACUUUCUUUAAUAAUUGCGGACGGAUUACUUUAAUAGAGACUCGCGCACGCGAUCGAUCAACCACUCUCCUUAGAUCAACUAGUCAAUCUUUAUCCCUCCCCCCAGCAUCGAGAUCAUGGCUAGUAAAGCGGCGCACAAGCGGUUAACGCGAGAGUUCAAGUCCAUUUCCGAGAAUCCUCCUCCGUACAUCACCGCCCAUCCUUCGGAAUCCAACAUCCUCGAAUGGCACUACAUUAUUACUGGCCCCGAAGAUACACCUUAUCACGGAGGUCAAUACUGGGGAACGCUCAUCUUCCCUCCGAACUAUCCGUUUGCACCGCCUGCGAUCCGCAUGCACACCCCAUCGGGGCGAUUCCAACCAUCGACUAGACUUUGUCUUUCUAUAUCCGACUUUCAUCCAAAAUCCUUUAAUCCAGCAUGGGAAGUGUCUACCAUCCUGAUCGGCCUUUUGUCGUUUAUGACGAGCGAUGAGAUGACCACCGGUUCCGUUUCUGCUUCUAGCGCCGAGCGUAAGUUUCUUGCUUCACGAUCGCGGUGGUGGAACUCGACUGGCGGUGGAUCGCAAGCCAGAGGAAACAUUGCUACCAAGGGCAACGUCAAGGCUGGCGACGGAGGCGCCAAAUUUCGAUCAGAGUGGCCAGAGGUGGAUCUUGAGAAUUGGGAGUGGAUGCGGAAAUACAAGGUAGAUGCGGCCACAGGCAACCGAGCAGACGGUGACAAUGGCUCUUCCUGCGGACCUCAGCUCGGCAUUGCUGCUUCAAGUAGUAACCAGGCCCAAGCUGUGGUGGAUGCGGUUGUACAGCAGCGGGAUGCUGGACGAGGCUGGCUUUACCGCAACAAGCUGCUCGUUGCGGGUGCGGCGAUAUUCAUUUACGUACUGAUUGCAAGGCUGGUAAGCGGCAACGAGACUCUGGCGUGAUAUAUUUGAGCGUGGUUAUAUGCAGACAAUACAGGGUAUACACGAAACAGCCAACAGCAGCCUGGAGGCGGACAUUUCAAGAGCGGCGUUUUGGGUUGUAAAUGGGUACAAUUUAUAAUUGUGUUUUGGUACUUCAGAUUGCGAAUAAUGAAGCUUCUCCUCUUGCUUUAUGCUACUGCU